AUGGACAACGACAAUAGCAACUCUUUAUACUGCCGAAAUCGUUGUGGUUCCGGCCGACUGAUGUUCCGAACUGAAUUGCAGGGUUGCGCGUGUCGUGCACGCCAAGACAAUACCUGGGAACCGAACGGACACGAUUUGAAUUGCAGAGAGAACCAAGGUCCAAGCGUCGACACCCCGAACAACGAGAAUUCCCUCAGCGUGGGCGCCAGUGGCGACUCGGACCCGGCGCCCGAAUCGCGACCCUCCGCUCCCGAGCCCAGCAAAGUGCUGCUCGUUCAUGGACUAGACCGUGUGCCCGUAAACUGCGACCGGGUGUUCAACCUGUUCUGCCUGUACGGGAACGUGACGACGGUGAAGAUCCUGAGGGACGACAAGGUGCUUGUCGAGCUGGAGGACGCGGAAUCCGCAAGACGGUGCGUGUCCAAUUUGCAUAUGCUUCGGCUGGACGACGAGGUCAACAUGAAAGUCAAGUAUUCCAAGCAUAAUUUUAUCCACGAUCAAGUCAAUUUUAACAAACUGGCCGACGGUACGCCUGCACAAAAAGUUUACUUGUCGAGCACAUUGAACAGAUUUAUCCCAAACGUAAUGAGUCCGGAUAAACGUCGUAUCGCAGCUCCGUCCAAGAUUUUACAUUUUUUCAACGCACCGACCGACGUGUGUGGCAUAGCAGUCCACAGAGCCGUAUCGGACGCUCUGGGCCGUACGGACGCAAUACGUUCCAUAACUAUCCUUCCCAAAAAACCGAAAGCCAAAUGUUCGACGGGUUUGAUCGAAUUGAAGAGUAUGGCGCUGGCGGCGAGGACCAUUUUAUUAGCGAACCACAUGACGAUUGAAUCGACAGUGUCCAGAUUUCCGUUUUUGACCAAACUUUGUUUUUCAAAAUGGUCUGAGAUCGAACAGAAAGCCGGUGACUCUGCCAUUUUGCGGUUCUGUUCAGUGCCACGCACUCCAUGGCUGUUGCACAAGUCCGAACACGGUGUGCCCACGACGGAGUUUCCGAUUUCAAGCACGACCGUGGUCAACGGCUGUGGUGGGGGCGACUGUAUGUGGACCUUGUGGGUGCUGACCGGCACGCAGAAGCAAUGGCAGCAUCAGGACCAGGAGCAGAGGAAGGAUCUGGAGACGGAGCAGGAUCAUCAGCAGACGCCGCCGGCGGUGGAGGAGUCGAUGGUCAGGACAGACACAGCAACCGUCCUUGGCCAGCUGCACUCGUGCCCGUCAGACCAGAUCGUCCGCCGCGAACCGACUGUCUCCGACGAUGACUCGGUGGUCGGCGAUCUCAUCGGCAUGUUGAGGAACUGUCUGUGCGACAUCAGCAACGACCGUGGUGACGUGUUGUGCGGUGCAGCGGCGAUGCGAGUCGAACACGAGAACACAGACGUUGCCGUCUUCGCCACCGCCGACGCUGCGAGUCAAUCAGGCCCGCUGGGCGAUGCUUAAGCUGUUCGACAAGACGAAUCGUUUUUUUAUUACCUGUUGUAUUUUUUCCCGCUAUUUUUUAUCCAGAUAUCGUGACUUGAAGUUAUAUAACCAUCUACCCGGGCACGCCCAUAAAAAACUCGUGAAAACGGAUCGAAAUGGUAAUUAUAAUAUAACAACUAAAUAUUAUAAUUAUUAAUACUGGAAUUAAGUCGCACUUUCUGCCUUUAAAAUCCACCGACAGUGAUGUUAUUUGACGGUGAUCGGCAACAAAUAGUGUACAACUUACUGUCGGUAGUGUUGUAGCAAAAUAUGUGUCUGAUGAUUGAAUGCCGAUGUGGGUACGGUGUUUUCGGAUUUAUUAUCGCGAAACUUUACAACUGGCUGGUCUCUAGCUGUUUCAAAAAAACACGAUGUACAAACCGAAAAUCGAAUUGUGCAAAAUACCUGAGAAAAAAAGCAGCACCAGGCACACAGUUAUUCUACACGUUUCCAUUGGCCAGGCACAUACCUACAUGAUAUCAUGCCAGUCACUCAU